GGGUGCUGGAUGAGGGUGAGGACGUCCUGGAGCAGCCCACCCUGGCAGCCCAGGAGCGGGCGCGGGAGGAGCUGGAGCUGCGGCGCAAGAAGCCGCCCUACGUCCCCUACGAGGAGGAGGAGCCCGGCCCCGCCCCGCAGGGCCCGAAGGCGCCGGCGCUGUUGGCCAAGUACGACGAGCCAGCGCCGCGUCCGUCCUUCCGCCUCGGCCCGGGGGGGACCCAGGACGGGGGAGACCCCCCGAAACUGCCCCCCCCCGGCCCCGCCCCCCAGAGCCUGGAGCUGCCCCUCCCCCACCUGGCGCCAGAGUACCUCACCCAACAGGAGAUGGCCGUGACGUUCCGGAAAACGCGGCGUCGGGUGAAGCGGCUGCGCAAGAAGGAGAAACCCCUGAGGGCCGACGACCUGCUGGCCCUGGCACCCGGGGACACUCGGGGGGACUUUGGCUCCAGGUCCCGCGGGCGCGGCAGGCGGGUGCAGGAGGAGGAGGAGGAGGAGGGGGCAGGAGGGGGGGACCCCGAAAACCCCCCGAGCCCCUCCCAGGACCCCCCCCCAGGAGGAAACCCCCCCGAGCCCCCCCUGCCCUCGGACGACACCCGCACAGAGAACAUGGACAUCAGCAGUGAUG